CGUAUUGACGUCAGAGAUUAUUGUCAUAUUGCCUUAUUCAUGACUCAAGAAAAGUUUAAUAAUUCUUUUACAUCAAUAAAAAAUUAUACCCUACAAUAAUUAUUUAAUAAUUAUUGAUACCAAACAAGGCCACCCAAUAGUUAUGCUGCUUUCAAUCAAAGAGUGACAGCGAAUGUGAUGGCCAAUGGUACAAGAGAAAAAUGGGAUCCAGCUUUGACACGUCUCCUCGACACCCUCCAACACCCCUCGACCGACCUGCCCUCCAGCGAAGAAGAACUCGGCUUCCUGAGCCGCCUCCUGCGCUCCAAAGAGCUCCAUGCGCUCGUCAACGCGCACAACGCGAUUCUCGGCGACGGUCGCCGGUACUUCCCCGUCCUCUCCACCUCGUCGGAGGUGCUCUCCGACGUGCUGGAAGAGCUGGUGUCCCGGCAGCGAGUCGCCGACGAGGCCGAGGAGCUGUUCGCGCUGCUGCAGAGGCCGCACCUACAGGGAUUGUUGUAUUCUCACGACGCAGUGGCACAGAAAGACUACUACCCCCAUUUACCCGAUAUACCGUGUGAUAUAGAAGAAGAGGAAGAGACCAUCAAGAUAGUACAGCUGGUCAAAAGCAAUGAGCCCCUGGGUGCUACAAUAAAAACCGACGAAGCGACAGGGAAAAUUGUCAUAGCAAGGGUGAUGCAUGGCGGGGCUGCUGACAGAUCGGGGUUGAUACAUGUUGGGGAUGAAGUGGUUGAAGUCAACAACAUCAAUGUCGAAGGCAGAACUCCAAACGAUGUUCUCACAAUUUUGCAAAACUCGGAGGGUACCAUCACUUUCAAGCUGGUACCUGCCAACGGAAAAAGCGGUGCUAGGGAAAGUAAGGUUAGGGUGAGAGCCCAUUUCGAUUACGACUCGUCCACCGACCCAUACAUCCCUUGCAAAGAAGCAGGGCUGGACUUCAAGAAAGGGGACGUCCUGCACAUAGUGUCACAGGAUGAUGCGUACUGGUGGCAAGCUAGACGUGAGGGAGAUAGGAAUAUGAGGGCAGGGCUUAUUCCUUCUAGAGCUCUUCAAGAAAGAAGGAUCAUUCAUGAUAGGAGCCAGGUUUCCAAGAAUGGAGAGGAAAUUGGCCUCUGCUCCGUUUCGGCCUCCCCAGCCGUCAUCAGCUGCGGCGGCACCUUCCCCGCCUCGCCCAGAUGCGCCACCAAACCGAGGAAAACCAAGAAAAUCAUCUACGACGCCACGGAGAACGACGACUUCGACCGAGAGCACAUCGCCACCUACGAGGAGGUGGCCAAGCUGUACCCCAGACCUGGAAUCCAUCGACCAAUCGUGCUGAUAGGGGCGCCCGGCGUCGGCAGGAACGAGCUGAAGCGCCGGCUGAUCGACACCGAUGCCGACAAGUACAAAACACCGACGCCUUACACAUCUAGGCCGAUGAAGCCAGGAGAAGAAGACGGCAAAGAGUAUUUCUUCAUCUCCAGAGAACAGAUGGAAGAAGAUAUCGAGGCCGGCAAGUUCAUAGAAUACGGAGAAUACAAAGGCAACCUCUACGGCACCUCUUCAGAGAGCGUCAAAGAAAUCGUCAUAGCAGGUAAAGUCUGUAUUCUGAAUCCACAUUACCAAGCACUGAAAAUGCUGAGGACCCCGCAACUGAGACCUUACAUCAUUUACAUCAAACCACCCAGUAUAGAAGUGUUGAAAGAAACAAGGAAUGCUUGUCAUGCCAGAUCCACGUUCGACGUUCACAAUUCGAGAGGAUUCACGGAAGAAGAGUUCAACGACAUCAUGAAAUCGGCAUCGCGCAUUGAAUUUUUGUACGACCACUUUUUCGACGAAAGCAUCGUCAAUGCUGACCUAGCUUUGGCGUUCAAUCAACUGCUCAACGCUGCCAAUAGACUAGAAAGCGAACCGUUGUGGGUUCCAGCAUCUUGGGUUCAAUGAAAAAAAAAAAAAAAGCAAAAAUUAACGAGAAUUUUAGUCUCAGAUAUUGAACCCUAAGAGCUUCAUAAAAAUGUUGAGUAAUGGUUGGGGAUGGAAUUAUAUACAGGGUGUCUCAUACCUUAGAUCGUUUCUUUUUAUUAUACAAACUUCAACAUCUCAUGCACCGACUGACGUAGAUAUACAGGAUAUGUCACGACGAGCUUUUACUAUCUCUACAUCGAGAAUCAAGUCGGGAGAAAUCCAUGGAAAUAUGCAUGCUUAUAUUUUAGAAUACGUUCUCUUCAUUUGAAAUAUUUUCAGCAAUGCAGGGUUGCCGUUUCUAUCAAAAAGUAGCAACAACUUUGUUAUUUCGAAUAGAAUACCCUGUAUUUCAUUGCAUUUCCAUAUUCUCCCUGAAGAGCUGAUUUCAUCGAUAGAUCACACUUGGGAUCUAUCGGAAAUGAUUACACAGAUAUAGGGUGUUCAAAAUCGAGAUUUUUCAACUUUAGGAUUUGUUUGUGUCGAAACAUCAUUAUCGGCCAAAAC